GAUUCCAAGUUUCGAGAACUGCUGGAGGAGCUCAGCAAGCUUCAUGAGAAUGAGCUGAGGGUCAUGAGAAGCGAGAUCCAGCAGCUGCGUGCUGAUCCUUCGUGCAGGAUUUUUCCACGGCCUUCUGGUGACCUGGUGCUGCCCAAGCAGCAGGCCUUGUGCCCCAAUAUGGCGCCGUCAAAUCCUGUGCCCAGCUUGGAGGUGGAGAUUGACAUUCUUCCUCCGCUUUCAGAGGAAGAGAAAGAGGCGUCUGUUGGACGUCGCCCUUCUCGAACAUCUGUGCGGGACAUGGAGGAACGCAGUGAGGAUCGAAGCAGCUAUGCGAGCUAUGGACGUAGCCCUAGCAGAAAGGGUACCAAUGACUUGGCCAGAGAAGCAGCAAAAGCCAUGAUGUUAGGGCAACUGUCGUCACCGCCAGCGGCCUGCAACAAGAGCAACAAGAGCGACGAUGAGACGCCCAGCAGAAAAGAAAGCUUCUACAGCAGGAAGGAGACGGAUCAAAGUGGCGGGAGCAAAAACAGCCGCAGCGGCAGCAAGUCCAAGGGACUGGAGAAAGAGAAGUUUGCCAAGCAGAAGGAGGACUCUGAAGCGAAGUCUCAAUUCGACCUCAGUGCCGAGCUGCCUUCCGAUGCCACCUGCGCCAAGUAUUUGGUGAGCGACCGUUAUGAGCUGAUUCUUGGAGCUGUUGUGCUCUCAAGUGUGGUAAUCAUGGCCGCAGAUUUCCAUUUCACAGGAUAUGUCAUCGGGCAAGAGAUUGGUUUCAAGGACAUGUCAAGCCUGCCAACCGGCGACGAAAGUCCAGCUUGGAUCGCGUAUCUCACUCUCUUCAUGGACAUUUUCUUUUUUCUGGAAGUGGCAACGCGAGUGUUUGUGCUGCGAUGGGUCUUCUUCAAGCUCUGGGUAAACUGGUUGGACCUCAUCGUUGUUUCUCUUGCACUCGGAGUGGAUAUCAUUGGUGGCCUGAGCGCUGGUUUCAACGUGGGGGUUAUACGUCUGCUUCGGCUGGCGAAAAUUGCCCGGGCUUUGAGAGUGGUUCGAAUGCGACGGGCACUGGAGUCACUCUCAUUGCUGCUGCGCUGUGUGCAAUCGAGUCUGCAAGUGCUGUUUUGGUCUUUAGGCCUGCUGGGCGUCAUUCAGUGCAUCGCAGGCAUGGUCAUAGGUCAGCUUCUGGUUCCCUACAUGCGGGAUACGUCCUAUGAUGUGGAGGGCCGACAUGAAGUCUACAAGUACUUCGGGACCUUCAGCCGGACAUUCCUCACAAUGUUUGAGGUUCUUUUUGCAAACUGGGCGAUUCCUGCGCGAAUCUGUGUGGAAAACGUUGGUGAAGUUUUUAUUUACGUGUUCAUCUUCUAUCGUUGUUUUGUUGGCUAUGCAGUGCUGAAUGUGGUAUCAGCGGUUUUCGUGCAACAAACUAUGAAGGUUGCACAGCAGGAUCAAGAGUAUAUGAUGAACCUGAAGCAGAAGCAAGCAGAAGCGUAUGCACAGAAGUUGAAGCGGUUCUUCAUGACCUUAGAUGCUUCAGGUGAUGGUUUGGUCAGCUGGGAAGAGUUCAGCGUGCUGUUGCAUGACCCCCAGCUGCAGAUCUGGAUGUCCACCUUGGACCUGGAAACGCAUGACCUGGUGCAGUUGUUUCAGAUGAUCGAUGACGGAGACGGUGAGAUUUCAGUGGAGGAGUUUAUCGAUGGUGCCACGCGUUUGCGGGGCAUGGCUCGUAGUUUGGAUGUGGCACAAGUUCUGACCGGCAUCAAGAAAGUGGAGCUCAAGAUCGAGGACUUGAAGUCUUUGGUGGCGAUUGGAAAGCGCACUUCUUUCAGGAAAUCCUUCGACAAGGGUUCGGGGAAGAACAGCGCUACGGCCCGCGCUUCCCCGGGCGAGCGAGCCACUCCGUCAGCGACGCCACUCUUCAGCCCGGAGCUCUUGGGGGCUUCACCGGAGGUGAAAUCGCAGCUGGCCCAGGCUGACCAGGCUACUUCAGCUGCGAGCCGCACUUCGGAUGGACAGCUGACGACAUGA